AUGUCUUCUGGCAACAACAACGGCGUCACUGGCGGAGCCCAGUUCCUCACCUCCGCGCUCGGCAACACUGUCGGCGGUCUGUCCCGCACCGUCGGUAACGUCACCGGCGCUGCGACUCGCGGUCUCGGCGACACCAUCACCGGCGCUACUGGCGAGGCCGGCCGCCCCGUUGGCGACGGCCUCGGCAACGUUGGCACCGGCGUUGAGAACGCCGCCAACUCGCUCGGCAAGGGCACUGAGGAUGCCGGCCAGUGGAAGCGUUCUUGA